GUGGCAAAGCCAGCCGCAGCUUCCAGCUCCUCAGCUGUACUCUGUGAUGUAACAGGAAGUAGUGGGUUGACUUCCAACGUCAAGCUGACAGCCGUCCUAACCUCCCCUUAUGAGCGCCGGAGAUCUGCUGCUGUCGGUACCCCGACACGAAAGCACCCGAUUCACGAAGAGCCUUUUCACGGAUUCCUUGAGAGCUGAGACCGCUACAGACGAACCACCCCGCUGCUGCUGCCGGACUCAUUUCUGAGGACCGUCAUAGCCGUGGGUUUGAACGCUCGUGGAGGGGCAUCAUCUGGAACUUCCAGCCACUGUUCCGUACAGGAGAUCGGCAGCUGGGAAAUUGUCGUCUCAACCCCCCCAACCCCAACAUGGCUGAGUGGAAGCUGGAUCGCUUUGGAUGGAACUGGAUGGUGGCUCUUGUACUUCUGAGCAGUCCAACAAUGGUGAAGCCAAGCCCUGAUGUCAAUGAAAGUCAGCACCAGCCAACAAAUGUUUACCACGACAUUGGGGUUACCAGGAACAAGAUAGUGACCGCGCAGUUUGAGUGCUACCAGAAGAUAAUGAAAGAAAAUACUCACAGCAGACAAGAGGCCAUGUGUAAUCGAACUUGGGAUGGCUGGUUGUGCUGGGAUGACACGGCUGCAGGGGUCACUUCAGAGCAGCACUGCCCUGAUUACUUCCAGGAUUUUGAUCCAUCGGAAAUGGUUACAAAGAUUUGUACUGAAAACGGCCACUGGUUCCUGCAUCCCGAGAGCAACCGGACAUGGACCAACUACACUCGCUGCAAUGAGCACACCAAUGAAGGCAGAAUGACUGCGAUGAACCUUUUUUACUUGGCCCUCAUUGGACAUGGCUUGUCUCUUGUCUCCCUCUUCAUUUCUUUGGCAAUCUUUUUCCAUUUUAAAAGCCUGAGCUGCCAAAGGAUCACCCUUCACAAAAACCUUUUCUUCUCAUUUGUCCUGAACUCUGUCAUCACCAUCAUUUGGCUGACUGCCGUGGCCAACAACCAGGAGCUGGUGCAGAGGAAUCCAACAAGCUGUAAAGUCUCCAUGUUUAUUCAUCUGUACCUCUUUGGCUGCAAUUACUUCUGGAUGCUGUGUGAGGGCAUCUAUCUGCACACUCUAAUCGUGGUGGCCGUGUUUGCUGAGAAGCAACACCUGAUGUGGUACUAUCUUCUUGGCUGGGGAUUUCCUCUUAUUCCGGCUUCCAUACACGCAAUUGCUAGGAGUUACUACUACAACGACAACUGCUGGAUAAGCUCCAAAACAUCCCUGCUCUACAUCAUCCACGGUCCCAUAUGUGCCGCUCUUGUGGUCAACGUCUUUUUCCUGCUUAACAUUGUGAGGGUUCUCAUCACCAAGCUGAAGGUAACCCACCAGGCAGAGUCCAGUCUCUACAUGAAGGCAGUGAGGGCCACCCUCAUCCUGGUCCCUCUUCUGGGGAUACAGUAUGUCCUGCUUCCCUACAAGCCAGGUGGGCGGGUCUCCUCUGAAAUCUACGACUACAUCAUGCAUAUACUGAUGCACUACCAGGGUUUGCUUGUGGCCACCAUCUUCUGCUUUUUCAAUGGAGAAGUCCAAGCUGUUCUGAGGCGGCACUGGAACCAGUACAAUAUCCAGUUUGGCAGCAGCAUAGGGAACCACUCGGACGCCCUCCGCUCCGCCUCCUACACAGCCUCCUCCAUCACGGAGGUCCAGGGCUGUUACUCCAUCGACGGCCACACGGAACAUAUGAACGGCAAGAGCUGCCACGACACCGAGCAUGCGUCCAUGUUGAAGUCAGACAGCCCGUUCGCCUGAGGGUUUUUCCCCAAAACUUUGUCCUAACGUUCAUCUCUGCAACAAGCUGCGCCGUGUUUUGGGCGACUGUGGACACUCCUCCCUAUUUAUACAAAACCAAAUGAAGCAGUGGAAACAGACUGGAAUCUUCACGUUCCCAUUAAAUCGAUGUUUUCCGGAAAGUGCAAGGUGAGCUCGGAGCAGCUCCUUCUCCCCAUUAUCUGGGAUUAUUCUGUCCUAUAACCCCAGCAUUGUAAACUUUUUUUUCCUUAACAAUUAUGUCUGUGACUGAAUGAUUUAUUAUCGAAUGCUCAUGUAUCCCUUUUCACGUGAUUUUGUGCACAAACCAGCCUUUUGGAUACACUGUGAACUCUGUCUGACACGGUUUUGCCAAACUAAGGAAAAAAAAUGGCCUUGCGCCCUUUUUUUCUUCAUAUCUUAAAAAAAGUAUAUAAAAAGGGAAACAGCCAAGAAGUGUAUUGUAAUAUAUAUGAAAGAUAUAUUCUUUUUAUUUACUGUAUAUUUAAAAGCUAAUUUAUCUACAUUUCCAUAUAUUAAAUAACAAAAAAAUAGCACACAGUGUUUAUGAUUGAUGACACUUUUGUAAACAUGUGGACACAUA